AUGGCUGUCACCCAAUAUUCUGAACCUAAAACGUACGAGGAAGCAUGCAAAGAUAAGAAUUGGAAGCUAGCUAUGAAUUCUGAAUUAAAAGCUCUUGCUGUAAAUGGUACUUGGGUAUUGAUGGAUAUGUCAUCCAAUGUUAAACCUGUAUGGAGAAGUUGGGUUUACAAAAUCAAGAACAAAACAGAUGGAUCAAUAGAAAUGUACAAAGCUAGAUUAGUUGCAAAUGGCUAUAGCCAAGUCGAAGGCUUAUAUUUUUUUGACACUUUUUCACUAGUGGAAAAACUAUCUAGUGUCAGAAUUCUACUUGCAAUAGAAUCCAUCAACCAUUAG